AUGACUGUCUGUGGGGUGAUCGUGCAUGUUGCCUUCUCACGUGGCUCUUGUGGGGCUGGUGGACGUCUUUCAUCUGCCCUUGCACUCCUGGAAUCUCCACCAGUUAAGGAUCUCAUAUUGCCCAACGGUGGCACUCCAGCAGGCACUUCGAGUCCAGCCUCUUCAUCUUCCCUUCUGAAUAGACUUCAGCUUGACGAUGACAUUGACGGUGAGACCAGAGAUCUCUUUGUCACGGUUGAUGACCCCAAGAAGCACGUCUGUACGAUGGAGACCUACAUCACAUACAGGAUCACCACCAAAAGUACUCGGGUGGAAUUUGACUUGCCAGAAUAUUCUGUUCGUCGAAGGUACCAGGAUUUUGACUGGUUGAGGAGCAAACUGGAGGAAUCGCAGCCCACGCAUCUCAUUCCCCCGCUUCCUGAGAAGUUUGUGGUGAAAGGUGUUGUGGAUCGUUUUUCAGAAGAGUUUGUGGAGACCAGAAGAAAAGCUUUGGAUAAAUUCCUGAAAAGAAUUACAGAUCAUCCUGUGCUGUCUUUCAAUGAACAUUUUAAUGUUUUUCUUACUGCUAAGGACCUGAACGCCUACAGGAAGCAGGGGAUAGCAUUGCUGACCAGAGUGGGCGAGUCGGUCAAACAUGUCACUGGAGGCUACAAGCUGAGGAGUCGACCUUUGGAGUUUGCAGCCGUAGGCGAAUACUUAGAUACUUUUGCACUCAAACUGGGAACCAUUGAUCGGAUAGCCCAGCGAAUCAUCAAAGAAGAAAUAGAAUACCUUGUAGAGCUGAGGGAAUAUGGGCCUGUGUACUCCACGUGGAGUGCUUUAGAAGGUGAGCUGGCGGAACCCCUAGAGGGUGUGUCAGCUUGCAUCGGGAGCUGCUCCACAGCCUUGGAAGAGCUGACAGAUGACAUGACCGAAGACUUCCUACCUGUGCUCAGGGAAUACAUUUUAUACUCUGACUCCAUGAAGAGUGUCCUGAAGAAGAGAGACCAAGUCCAAGCAGAGUACGAAGCCAAACUCGAAGCUGUUGCUCUGAGGAAGGAAGACCGCCCCAAGGUGCCAGCAGAUGUGGAGAAGUGUCAGGACCGCAUGGAGUGUUUCAAUGCCGAUCUGAAGGCCGACAUGGAGAGGUGGCAGAACAGCAAGCGGCAAGACUUCCGGCAGCUGCUCAUGGGCUUGGCUGACAAGAACAUCCAGUAUUAUGAGAAGUGCCUCAUGGCGUGGGAGUCGAUCAUUCCACUGCUGCAGGAGAAACAAGAGGCCAAGUAGGCUCCUUCUUGGGACAGAGACUCUUCUGCCUACACGGGUCGUGGCUCUCUGUACUGUAACGUCCCUGCAGUGCCAGAGAGGUGGCGCUGGGAACAGAAGCACCUCUCCUUUGUGUACUUUCUCCCUCCCUGUACCCCACAGUCAUUUCCAAUUAGUAUUUAUUCCUCAGUGGAGUCUGAGGCUAUUAUCAUCUCUCAGAAAAAGAAGCAUACCUCCGGGUUGUGAAGGAACCUACUAAAUGGAGCACUACGAAGGCUUGAACGCGAGGAGCGCCACAACGCACAGCUGACCUGACAUCUCAUGAGGGUUUUCUCUUUGGGGAUAGCCGUGUUGCUUGUUGUGGGAGAGAUGCAGGUCCUGCUUUUCAAGGACAUGAAGGAGUUGUGAAGAGAUGCCCUGUGGCUUGCUGUGGUGACCCAGCAACCCUGCGCUUGACCCUGUGGGCCAUGGCUUGGCCCAGCGUAGAAGGAGGGGUUAGGACCUCCUCGAAAAGUCCUUAGUAUACAGUGGCCUGUAGCUGUGAGUGGCCUGCUGCCUGCUUGUGGUGGGUGACAUGUAUUUUAUUAUCUCUGGUUCAUGUGGAGCCAUUGAAAUCAACGUCUAGACGCACCCAUGCUUGAGUGAGCAAGCCAUUGUCCUUGUCCCUGUGUGAUGACUUGGGAAGCCCCUUGAUCAUGGUUUGAUACCAAAAUGCAACAGAUUAGCAACUUUUUGUGGAAAAUGAAAAGAGGUGCAUUUUUUUCCCUGUAAAGGUCUUUAGUGUUUUUCUUUUCUUUAUUGUCGAUUACAGUCAAGAUUAAAUGUGUUAGGAAAUACUUGUUGUUUUGCAGUCGGAGUAGCUCCCCUUUUGCUGAGAUCAGUGGGUUAGCUAGCCUUAACCCAGCCCCACUUUCAAUGUCUGCUUUGUGCAGUUUGCCUUUAAGUCACCAAAAGCACUUAGCUGAAUACGUCCCACAAUGUCCAUGAGAUGUUUGGGCAGCUUUUUGGUGAGUGGGCUAGUAUGUUGCAUCCUUAUGACCCAGUCAAAAUUUGUAAACUCAGUGUGAAUGUUUUUCAUAAAGUGCUUUAACCCUCAACAUUUCCUGAUCAAGAAGAAAAGUCAGGACUGCAGGGACCUCAAGGUGACAAGGGUAACAGUGAACUCUUUGCUUCGAGAUAAGCUAAAAUUUCAGUUUGUAGCCAAAUUUCUACAAAUUCCUACAGGGCUGCUGGCUAUGUUUAAAAAAAAUCUUCAUUUCAAACUAUUACCAAACUAUUACUUUUUAGAUCGCCAUAAAACUAAUAGUCAUAAAGAAUCUGUCUUCCACUUUUUUUCCUCCUGAAAAUAAGUGGCAGAUGUCAUAUUUGUGUUCUUUCUUUGGUGACUCUUCCCAGUAGAACCGUAACUCUAACAUCAAA